GGCGUGGUGGCGCGGGCUUUAUUUCAACCCCGAAGCUCCGAGGAUGAUAUAAUGCACACCUCUGAUCUCUGCAAAUUUUCACUAUCAUUCGAUUUAGGAAAUAAUAUGCUAAAACAAAUAGUAUUUAAAUACCGUCAAUGUCACUCACAAACAUGGUGUAUUGCUACAGAGAAAUUCCUUGUCGUUCAACAUCGCAUUGACGACAAUAUUAGCGCCUCCGAUAUAUUAUAUCCAUCACGUCCAACAUGGCCGCAAUACUCAUCACAGGCGCAACCGGGAAACAAGGCGGUUCCUUGAUCAAGAACUUAGUCUCCCGGAAAGCUCCCUUCGAAAUCUUAGCUGUAACCCGAAACACUACCUCCGGCUCAGCCCAACGCCUCGCCAGACUAUCAUCCAACAUCCGGCUUGUCGAGGGAAACCUGGAUGACCCAGCCGGAAUAUUUAAGAACGCGCGUAGUUUAACUAAGGAUCCGAUAUGGGGGGUAUUCAGUGUACAGGUCGCAAUCGGCAACAGCGCAUCCGAAGAAUAUCAAGGCAAAGCCCUAAUCGACGAAUCGCUCAAACAAAACGUCAAAUACUUCAUCUAUAGCUCCGUCGACCGCGGAACAAACUCCUUCGAAAACUCCACCAAAGUCCCGCAUUUUAUCAACAAAUAUAAUAUCGAGCACCAUCUCGUCGACAAGACCAAGAACACGGAAAUGCAAUGGGCGAUCCUCCGCCCCACCGCCUUCUACGAGAAUCUCGUCCCCGGCUUCUUUGGCAAGGUCUUCAUGACGUCCUAUGACAUGGCGCUGAAGGGGAAGCCACUCCAGAUGGUAGCAACGAGUGACAUUGGGUAUUUUGCGGCGGAUGCGUUUCUCAAACCCGAGGAGUACAAGGGCAAAGCUGUUUCGUUGGCAGGGGAUGAGUUGACGUAUGAGCAAGCGAAGCAGGUAUUUGAGGAGAGGACAGGGCAGUCUGUUCCGCGGACGUUCCGGUUCCUUUGUUCUAUGUUUAUGGCUUCGAUGAAGGACAUGGGGUAUAUGUUCAAGUGGUUUCAUGAUGAGGGAUAUAAGGCCAAUAUUUCGGAGCUUAAAAAGGUGAAUCCGGAGUUGAAAGAUUUCGGGAUGUGGUUGAAGACGGAGAGUGAGUUUGAGGCACGGUAACUUGCCCAGUGGUAUGAAGAUAUCCAGGCUUUUCAUAUAUACCUAGCGUUAAUCAUAUUUAAUCCACACAUCUUAU